CAAUUCUAUCGUGUACCGCCUGUACUAUCAGAACUAACCAGAUGUUUUUCUUUUGAAGAAAAAUAAGACUGUUUUGGAUUUUCUCUGCAUGAAAAUCCCACUAACCGGCUUGUAAAUGACUCCUGCCUGUGGUGGAGCAUCUCCAGAUAAUUGAGUCGUGCGAGAUGGCUUCUUCCAUUGAGGCUGCUGGCCAGAAGCUCUCCUACUGUGACAUUGAGUCCCUCUGGUUGAUUUUCAAUGCCCCCGGGACGAGUAAUGAGAAAAAACAGGAGAUUGAGGCGAGACUGAGGCACUUCCAGCUACAGACUGAUGCCUGGCAGCAGUGUUUGGCGCAUUUGGGUGACUUUGGGGCUUCAAUAUGGUUCUUCAAUGCCUCCACAGUGGAGGUGACCAUCUGCCGGGCAUGGGAGGGGCUCCCGGUGAGCAAUCGUGUGGCUGUGAGGAGCACCCUGUGGGGGAUUUAUGUGAAAAUGGGCUCAGGGGAGAGAUUCCAGCGCAACAAAGUUGCCCAGCUGAUUGCUUUGAUUGGCAAGAGGGAAUUCCCCCAUGAACAUCCGAGUUUUAUGAGUGACGUUGCGGGUUUGCUGAAGGAACACUUUAUGCUGGGAAUUGUCCUCCUGCGGUCCACAUCGGAGGAAGUUACGAGCACAAAGGAGGAUGUAACGUGUGAGAGGAAGAGACAAUUUCAGGCAUGUGUGGGGGUGUGUGUACCUGAAAUCUUUCGGCUUCUCAGUAAAUUCCUCUCGGUGACAUUGCACAGAGUUUCCGGACGUGGUGGGCAGCAAAUCUUCGUGAAUACCGGUGAGGUACGGCUGGAGGAGUAUGAGAGGAAUUUGGAGCGUGGGAGUGUGGAAUUACUCACGUGUAUUCAGCACAUGCUGUCGUGGGUGCCAUUUGAGCAUGUACUGGAUGACUUCCUACUGGGGGCUCUCUUUGAACUGGCCAAGUGGAACGCUGCCCAUUCAAACGUGGCAACCUCCACCCUGACCACAAUUUGUGAGCUCUUCUACCGCCAAAGCGCCAUUCCGCACGUUGCCAUUGCCACGGGGAUCAUGGCACUCCUGCAGGAUGAUCUGCGGAAUGCCUCAGAGAUGUAUCAGGAUAAAUUGACUGAGCUUCUGCGGUUGUUUACAACGCAACAAACCUCCCGGUGGAUUGCAGAUGAAACCUUCCUCAAUCUCCUUUGUGCUCUGCACAAGUUCACCUUUGCCGGCUACGGAGCCCUCGCUUUCACGGAACGCCUGGCAAUUUGGACGCCAAUCAUUAAAACCCUCAUCCCGAAGGGCUUCGGCACGUACUCUGAGCUCUUGAUGAGCCUCGCUGCGGGCACAGUGAAUAAGAUGCAAUUUCAGAAUGAUCAAACGGAUGGAUUUCUCGAUCUUCUGGACAAUUCCACAUUGGACGAUGAUCUGGAGACGGAAUGGCAGCAUUUCCUCAAUCAGUGCAUUGAGACUGUGGCACUAAUUGCCGAGGGUAGCCCUGAGCCUGUCCUGGAGAUUGUCCUGAAUGCCUGGAAGGCAUCCUUUGAGGUUUUCCUCGUGAUUGAGAAGGCCAUAAUAAGUGAAUCGAGUCUCUGGACGAGUGCUUCCAAGUGCCACUACAUCCACUGCGUCCUGCGUGAUCUCUCAUCCCUCUGUCAGACCCUCUCACGCCUCGUGCCCAUCAUUGAGGCCUGCUCUGAGCGUGUGUCUGAAUUCGUUCUCACCGUGGCCAUUGGACUGGUGCUUACGGUGAAAUUCCUCGCCACGAAGAAGCCCUACCGGAUGCCGUCAUUCAGCAAGGAGAUUCAGGCGGAUUUUGCCGAGACACUGGCACAAAUGCUGGCUGCCCUUCGUGGACUCCUCCCCUGGUCGACUGUGUUGAAAUUCGAUGCUUCCGUGAAUUCCCUCAUUGACGUUGUUGUGCAAAUUCUCCUGCCCACGAAUGUUCCGGAACCGAAAAUUGUCACCUUGGCUGCUGCUCAGCUCCUCCUCAGCAUUAGCUCAAUUAUGCGUCCGGGAGGGUUGCACGAGCAGAGCGGAAUGCUCCAGCUCAUCCACGCUGGGAGGAAUCUUCCACAUCUCGACCAGCAAACUAGUCAACUUGUUUUUCAAUCCAUCUGCAACUGCCUCAUCCUUCCGCAUGCAGGACAAAAUGAAGUGCACAAUGAAGCAAUUCUCAGUCAACGUGCUCAACGUCUUGGGGAGUACAUCAAUACCCUGGCAAAGGAUCUCCUGACCAUUGGACUGUGCACAUCAAAGGUCACCGAAUGCGUCACGUCUGUCCUUCCAAUCCUCCGGGAGAUUCUCGAUUACUACGAAAGUGCUGCAUCGGCGACAAAACAAAUCCUCCUGAUGGCCUUCCGGGGAAUUCUCGAUAAGAGUUUACUCAUCUACAAUGAACAGUACCUCCAGGCACCGCCGCAACUCACCGACGCCGUUCUCACGUUUGCCUUAAGCACCAUCCGGACGUUGCAAAUUCAACUGGGCACAGAGAACAUCCGGCACAUCUUGAGUAUUUUCUUCAAUGCCUGCACAAAGAAUACCUUCACGGAAUCCCGAAUGAAGUCCACGGAGACACUUUUGCAGAUUUUCUGCCUCAUUGUCCGGACUUCGCGUGCAUCGGCCUUCCUGCCGGCAAUCCUGGAGCUGACCCUGGAUCACUUGGUGCCAUUCCUCGUGCAGGAACGCAAUUGGAUGACAAAAUCCGACAUUGUGGCCACACUGUAUGAGCUCUUUGAUGCAAUUCUCAUCAAUCACUGGAGCUAUUUCUACAAGACAAGCGUUCUGCGUGGCCUUAAGACUGAACCACCGACUGAGGGUGAGAAGAUUCAGCACAAGGAACGCUUCCUGGCCAUUCUCACCAUGUACGGCGAUGCACUCGUGCAGAAUGAUCCGCACAUUUGUCAGAUUGUCCUGAAAUCCCUGCAGGCGGUCAAUGAGCACUGGAAGCUGUAUCAGCGUGAAGCAUUCCAGACCCACUUGCUGCCAUCAUUCCAAUAUACAAUCAUCAAUUGCCUCCUAAUGCCCGAGGGGGCACUCGUGUACGAUCAGCUCAUGCAGACACUCUUCACGAUGGGUCAAGUUAGCACCCACACGCUCUAUUCAUCAUUCCUAACGGCGGGAUUCUCACCAGAGUCUGAUGUUAUCCGGGAGAUUUGUGCGACGUCGGAUCUCCCGACCUUUUCAUUCCGCAUGGGGUACCUAAUUCAAGACACACGCUGUGGCCAGAACUCCAAGGCACUCACUGAAUCAUGAGAAGGACUACGCUGCCCCUUCACUGCUGGUGAUCCCCCCUGAGAAAAUCCAUUUUUUAGAAGAAAAAGAAAAACUCCCCUCUUGCAUUUGUUUUUUUUUUCAAUAGAAUGUAUUUGAUAAUUUCGGAGCAAAGCGUUUAUCACAAUGAAAA